CUGAGCGGCGGGCUCAUGGCGGCCGUGGGGCGGGCGAGCAGGCCGGGUGGGCGUCGGUGGUGGAGUUGGUGGUGUUGGUUUUGGGCCGUGGUUCCGGGCCCGGGGGGCGCCCAGACCCCGCCUCUGGCCCUGCGGGGCCCGGCCGCCUGCGCCCCCCGACACUUCUUCGACUUCUCCUCCCUGUCCUGCGCCCCCUGCGCCCCCGGGAGGGGACCGGACCCCACAGGUACUUCAUGUACGUGUCUACCGGGGUUUAAGCUGGUUUCUAAUAACAGUGGACCCUCUAUUAUCUGCGAAAAGUGUCCAGACAACAUGAAAGGAGUUACUGAAGAUGGCUGGAAUUGCAUUUCUUGCCCUCAUGAUUUAACUCCAGAGGGAAAAUGCCAGUGUCCCGCCAAACAUACCUUGGUGGAAAGGGAUGCCGACGGAAAGUUGAUGGCUUCAGCGUUGUGCGUACCUUGCAAUGGAACGGAAAACUCUCUCUUAGCUGCCAAUGAUAUAGGAAACAGGUGUCUCAGAUGUGAACACACAGUCAUCAGUAGAAGAAAGACCUGUCAAUGUUCAAGUUCUAAUGAUUUGACAGGAGGGUUGUGUUUCAGUGGCCCAGGGAAUUUUCCUCCUCGAGGAAGCCCAAUUGUGCAUUAUGGACAACUUGGUUCAUCUUUUCCCUCAGCUUGGUUUUCAGAAUAUUUACAGUCAUCAGCAGCUGCUUGUUUGAUAUUGUCCAAUCUAACAUCUUGCCAAGCCCUGGGAAAUAUGUGUGUGAUGAACAUGAAUUCUUUGAACCCUGCCACUUACGAUGCAUGUGAUCUGUUUCAGUAUGUCUUUAAAAGUACCAGCAGAUUAGGCAUCGUUCAUCUAGUAGCAACCUGGAGAAAGAAUCUUCCCUGGCUUUUCUAUGGAGAGUCACAAGCCACUCAAGUGCUCACCUCAAUUCCGUUUCCUACCAAUUUCAGCUUUAAAGGAAUGGACCAGAAUAUGAGAUUGAAGUUCAUUGCAGCUUCCUAUGAUGCAAGUGGAAAUUUUCUCAAGUGGCAAACUUUGGAAGGAGGUGUUUUUCAGCUUUGUCCAGAUACAAAAGACAGGCUGAAUGCGGCUUUUAUUUUUGGAACAACUUAUCAUCAGAAAUGUGAAAUAUCUAUGUCCAAGAUUUUAACCGACUUGGCUAGUCCGAUUUUUUAUGAUGUGUAUCUUGAAUAUAUUGAUGAAAAUCAACAGCAAUACCUUUGGCCUGUACCGGUUCUAAACCUAAAUCUUCAGAACAAUGGAAUGUUUGUGAAUCAAGGUGAUAGUCCCCAAAACUGGCUUUUGACCCGUCGCGUAUUCUUGGUGGAUGCCUUAAGUGGACGAGAGAAAGACUUGGCGAGCCAACCAAAAGUAAUCAGAAUUGCCAGUGAGAUCACGAUAAGCAUCCGUCUCGUAACCAACACUCAUAAAGGAAACAUCUACCCGCCUCUAAUCACCAUUUUGUACAGCGACGUUCCGGUCAAAAAUCCUGAAACCCAGACUGUGAUGGCUUCUUUCUCGGUCAAAUACGAAAUGAACCAAGGAGAGGCACGUAUCCAAACUGAUAUUGCAUUGGGGGUUUUGGGAGGACUGGCUGUUCUUUGGUCUCUCCUGAAGACUGCAGGAUGGAAGAGGCGCAUAGGGAGUCCUAUGAUUGAUUUGCAGACUGUUAUGAAGUUCUUGAUGUACUAUGCUGGAGACCUGGCCAAUGUUUUCUUUGUCAUCACAGUGGGCACAGGUCUUUAUUGGCUGAUUUUUUUCAAAGCACAACGGUUUGUCUCCGUCUUCUUACCGGUACCAGCUCAAGAAGAAAAUUUUGUUACGUAUGUCGGAUGUGCUUUUGCUUUAAAGGCUUUGCAGUUUUUGCACAAGUUUAUAUCCCAACUGACCAUCGAUAUCUUCUUUAUUGAUUGGGAGCGACCCAAAGGCAAAGUUCUUAAAGCCGUCGAAGGUGAAGGGGGUGUACGAAGCACGACUGCUCCUGUGAGCAUAUGGAGGACGUAUUUUGUGGCAAAUGAAUGGAAUGAAAUUCAGACUGUGAGAAAAAUUAACCCUCUCUUUCAAGUGCUUGCCGUCCUCUUCUUUCUGGAGGUUGUCGGAUUCAGCAAUUUGGCUUUAAUGGAUUCGUCAUCUAAUCUUACGAGAAGCGCAGAUAGCUACAUAGCUCCUUCUAGCCGUAUUUUGCGAUACGCUGUGUCUACUGCCCUGUGGCUAGCCAUCGCCGUGAUACAGAUCGGGUUCUUUGCUAUCUUUUUUGAGAGAUUCGUGGAAGAUAAAAUAAGACAAUUUGUUGAUUUGUGCUGCAUGAGCAAUAUUUCAGUAUUUCUCUUAUCACACAGAUGUUUUGGUUAUUAUAUACAUGGUCGAUCUGUACAUGGACAUGCAGAUACCAAUAUGGAAGAAAUGAAUAUGAAUUUAAGGAGAGAAGCGGAAAACCUUUGUAGCCAAAGAGGCUUGCUUCCCAGCACAGAUGGCCAGACAUUUCAGAUUUCCAUUUCAAACAAGAUGAGACAGCAUUAUGAUAAAAUUCAUGAAACUCUAAUGAGGAAAAAUGGCCCAUCUAGGCUCUUGAGUUCUUCCGCAACUUCUUUUGAACAGAGUAUUAAAGCAUAUCAUACCAUGAAUAAGUUCCUUGGCUCAUUCAUAGAUCACGUCCAUAAAGAAAUGGAUUAUUUUGUGAAAGACAAACUGCUCCUAGAACGAAUUCUUGGUAUGGAGUUCAUGGAACCGAUGGAAAAAAGCAUCUUCUACAAUGAUGAACGUUAUUCUUUCAGCCAUGUGCUCUAUUAUGGAAAUGAAGCUACCCUUCUCCUUUUCGAUAUACUGUUUUUCUCCGUGGUGGAUUUGGCUUCCCAGAAUUUUGUCUUAGCGGCCCUCCUCACGUAUUUACAGCAGGAGAUUUUUAGAUUUGUCCGUAAUAUAGUAGGUCGGAGGAAUUUGGCUUCCAAAACCUUGGUGGACCAAAGAUUUCUCAUUUAAUUCAUUAAGUGGAGCAAUGCAGCAUUUAGUCCAGUGUUAAUCGUGACACACAAGUCAUGACCUUUAGGUCGGUUUGUCGAUGUUUUAAAUGUUAAUGUCAGUGAUCGUUUUUUAUUCUUUUUUGUGUGGUAUAAAAAUAUAAUGUUGUUGACCUAUACAUUUUCAUAAAUUUUCAAAUUGUCUAAAGAGUGGUGA